AUGUCAGAUUCGGUUGACCGAGUAUUCGCUCAUGCUCUCAAUACCGUCAAGAGAAUCCCCCGGUCGGGGUCGGUCAGGCCACCCCUCUCCGAACGGCUGAGGUUAUAUGGCUUAUACAAGCAGAGCAUGGAGGGCGAUGUGGAAGGGGUCAUGGAUCGGCCUGUCGGUGAUGAAACGAGUUUACAAGCUGAGAGAGAGAAAUGGGAUGCCUGGUACGCACAACGCCAGCUAUCACGCACCGAGGCAAAACGCCGGUACAUCACUGUCUUACUAGACACAAUGAACAAAUACGCCUCCUCAACUCCAGAGGCCCGCGAGCUUAUCGCCGAGCUAGAGUUCGUCUGGGAUCAGAUAAAAUCAAACCCGUCCUCGUCUUCCUCAUCCGGCAGCCCCGUCCACCUCUCCGGCAUGUCACAGCCACCAUCGCAGCAACCAUCACAUAUGAUAUCUACAACCCCGCCCUCCCGGUCAAACUACAGCUAUGGAAGCAUUAGCGGCCGGAUAUCACGUGCCGAAGCGACGGUGGAGGAAAGGAUGGAACGAUCAUUACCUGCGGAGCGGGAUUCGGGAUUGAGAGUUCUUAGUCCUGUUAGCCAGCCGGAUCAUGACAUCCCCGGAAGCGGUAGGAGGAAGUAUAAGGCACAUGGCGAAGGAAGAGAUGGAGGAGAGGAAAGAGAAUGGGGGAAAGAGGGAGGCGAGGACGAGGAGGAUGAAGAGGAUUUCCAAGAAGCGCGCAAUAGUCCUUAUGAAGACGAUGAUGGUGGUGACGACGACGACGACGGCGACGAAGAUGAUGAUGACGAUGGGCGCUCAGAUGAUAUUAAUCAUACUCGUAAUGAUACACGACAGCGGGACCCCGGCCGUUCGGACAGAGGAAGAAACCAAGAUCGAGACCAAGAUAGAACAUCCAAAGCCACAGGAUAUAACCGCCGCUGGCGGCAGCGGUUCGAGCAGGCAAUGACGAAAAUGACAGCCGAAGUCGCCGCGAUGAGAGAGCAGAUGGAGGCGCGCGCGCUCAACAGUCGGCAUCGCUCGAGUCUAUGGGCAUGGAUUAAAUGGGUUGUGUGGAUUGUUGUACGGCAAGUUUGCUGGGAUAUUUUGCUGUUUGGGUGCGUGCUAGUGUGGAUGCGGGUUGUGAAGGGGGAUAGGAGGUUGGAGGAGAAGGUGAGGCGGCUGAGGAUUUGGACGGAGGUGAGAAGGAAAUUUGCGGUGCUUGUUGGGAGGGGUGAGGGGAGAGGGUUGGGGUUUCGACUGGAAGGGUUUCCCUAG